AUGGAAGGAGGAUUUGAAGUGAGCCCACAACAGUUUGGAUCCGAAAUGUCCGGGCAAAUGGAGCUCCAGAUCGAGGAUAUCCACAGCAUGAUAUCCGGCCCACUGGAGACGGAAGGCAGCUCGUUCAGGGCACUCCUUGAGCUUCCUCCGCCGCAGGCUAUGGAGCUCUUGAUCAAGGAGGACUUUCCGGCGAAGCCCAUGCCGCCUCCGAUUUUUCCUUCCAAUAUUGCCCUCGUUGACCGAGCCUCCCGGCUCUCCACCUACGCUCCGGCUGGUGAUUCUGUGGAGAGUACGAUGAUUUUGUCGGCUUCAAGCUCGAUGAAGCUAGAUUUGGUGAAGCAAGAGCCGCCCGAAUCAUACUCGCGCCUGAAUUCCUCUUCACCCGCUGUUUCGAAUCAGAGUUUGAAGUCUGGCAAGCGGAAGGAGAGGGAAAAGAAGGUUAAAGAACCAACUAAAAAGACCAAAAAAGCAGUAGCAAAUGAAGAUUCUGAAGCGAGCGGUGAGAAGCUGCCGUAUGUUCAUGUCAGAGCCCGUCGUGGGCAAGCCACUGACAGCCAUAGCUUGGCUGAGAGGGCCAGGAGAGAGAAGAUCAAUGCCAGGAUGAAGCUAUUGCAGGAACUGGUCCCAGGAUGCAACAAGAUUUCGGGUACUGCAAUGGUGCUGGAUGAGAUCAUAAAUCAUGUACAAGCACUUCAACGACAAGUGGAGUUCUUGUCUAUGAGACUUGCUGCUGUCAACCCAAGAGUUGAUUUCAACCUUGAUGCUCUCCUUGCUGUAGAAAAUGGAUCAUCAAUGAAUAAUAGCUACCCUGGCAUGUUUGAUCCUCCUGUUUGGCCCGAGGGACAAAUCAACACAAACAGAUAUCACCAGCCGUUGCAUGUUGACGGGCUUCAACAGCCUUUAUGGGCUAGAGAAGAAGACACCUCUAACUUCAUUACUCAAGAUCACUCGCUUUUAAGCUACGACUCCCCAGCAAACUCCGCAUCGAUGCACUCGAGUCAGCUGAAAAUGGAGCUGUAA